GUUUCAUCGAGAAAUCUUUAUUGUUAAACCAAUUGCAACGUCAUUUUACAGCGACCGCAAAACUUCUUUACAAAAAACAAGAUGGCGUCAGGAUCAGCAGACCCGUCCGCUGGACAAGAUUCCGAAUUGGACGAGUUAUUGGACAGUGCACUCGAUGACUUUGACAAGACAAACACUGCACCGCCAGCCCCAGAGGCUGAGGCACCCCCAUCUUCUAAGAGUGCUGCAAAGAAACCCCCCCUACUGGAGGACAGUCAGUUUUUCGAGUCCCUGUUUGAGGGAGAGAUGGCCUCUCAGGCGAAGGAGGAGUGGGAGAAAGCCAUGGCCGAACUAGCACAGGAAGAACCAGAUCUGCUCCAACAUUUUCAUAAACUGUCUGAGGCGGCAGGGAAAGUGGGCACUGAUGUGGCCUCCCAACAAGAAUUUACUUCCUGUCUAAAAGACACCCUCAGCGGACUGGCCAAAAAUGCAGACAACCUUCAGAGUGCAGGAUUGGCUGGAGACGACCUUGUUAAGACACUAGAAGGACUGGGAUUGGAGGAAGGCGGCGAGGGGGCAGGGGAAGAUGGCAACAUAUUGCCCAUCAUGCAGUCCAUUAUGCAGAAUCUUCUGUCUAAGGAAGUGCUCUACCCAUCUCUCAAAGAGAUCACCGAGAAGUACCCUGAGUGGCUGGACAGCAACAGGCAGUCCCUCCCCCCAGACCAGUAUCAGCGCUACGAGCAACAGGCCAAGGUCAUGGGAGAGAUUUGUAGCCAGUUUGAGAAGGAGGGUGGUGGAGGGGAGGGGGAAAACACCUUUGAGAGCAUUCUGGAACUCAUGCAGCAGUUACAAGACUUGGGUCAACCUCCCAAAGAGCUGGCAGGUGACGCGCCACCUGGCCUGAACCUUGAUCUGGAGUCACUUAACCUCCCAGGAGUCCCAGGGGCCGGGGCAGGGGAGCAGUGCUCGAUCAUGUGAUCUCAAAGCAGCCACUUCUUUGGAUGCACAGAACAUAGGGGAAGUGUACAGAGGGGGGAUCGAUGCGGGACGAAGACUGCCAUCCCCACGGCAGAUGGGAAAAGGAGGACACCAAGACUGUACAUAUGUCCCCACCACACGCUCACACACUCCCCACCCCCUGAGAAGUCUCUGAAUUGUCUGAUGUAUCUAAAUGAAAGGCAUUGUGAAGGGAGACAUAUCGAAACAAUGCGAUCCUCUCUUGGAAAGUCUGUAACUCACUGAUCGGCACAGCUGACCUUAAUUUACUUGCUUUGGUUUGUCAGAAGUUCCUCCAGGUCAUCCCUUGGUCAGCUUGUUUACUAGCAUUCCCCCUGUUGGGUGUUGCCCUGGAUUCAUAGCUCAUUUUAGCUAUUGUUUAGCCUCAUGAUGGGGCUUUUCCAACCCCCCAUUGGUUGAAACAGUGCCUUGGUAAUUUUUAUGAAGAAUUAGAGGGAAUUCACUAUUGUUCAUUAUAAAUCUUGCAGCAAGGCAGAAAUAGUUAAUUACCAGAGCUGUGUGUAUUGACUAGCUAUGUUGCUGUCGUAGAUGAGGCAUAAGCUAAACAAUGACUCCAUUGCUGGUCAGACAACUUGAGAAUGCACAACACUGCAGCCAAUGUGUUAGUUAUGCAUCCACCCACACAAACCUUCUUUUGGGUUUGAUCUUGGGACCUCUGACUUGUAAAUAAGUGAGCACCUCCAAAAACGAUCUCUUAGCAAGCUACAUCACUGCAGUGGCAUAGGUGGUUGGUAUUUCAACUGUGAAAUGAGUAUAACUCGAUUAUACUGGUUGUUUUCUUUUCAAAGAACCAGUGUGGGAGGCAGGUUCAAUCUGUGUGUUAUCACCCAACCAUAAACAAACACAGGUUUUCCAUUGAGGUGAUACCAAAACAACAUAUUUUAGAUUUACAAGUUUUAGAUUUAAACAAUUUGCCAAUUCGACUGAUUGCGUUGAUAUGAUUCAACUGCAUAUAGAUUAAUAUUUAUGGUUGAUAAACCAGUGUACAUUUGUGAAUUAUUGAAAGAAGACAAACUUGAGGAGUACCUCAUUAUAAUAAUAAAAACAAGUCGUGCUUUGAA